CGGAUGUGGCCCGCGGGCUGUAGUUUGCCCAUGUCUGGGUUAGGCCCUAACCCUUUCUUCUCUGCAGCUGUCAAGAUAUACAGUUACACAGCGCUGUGAAGCCAUGGAGAAGCCAAUGAGUCGGACGGAGACUUCAACGUCUCCAACUUUUGGGACACUGAACCAGGCGGCGAAAGCGGUAUCUCGGGAAGCCCCCAAACUCUGCCUGGCCUUCUCCAAGCCUCCGCUGCCAUCACAGCAAGAUGUAGGGCAGCUGGCCGACUCUGUCCUCAAGAGUGUCCUCAGCCUAUCCACUGUUUAUUACUGGCUUCCCAAUAGCAGAGAUAAGACGUGCUAACUGCCGCCAUCUCCUGCUUUCAGGCGGCAGGGGUGGUCAGAGGAACGGGACGGACUUGACUUGAAUUGUGUAUGUCGGUGAUGCUCCUCCAGAAGAGCUGUAACGUGCCAGGAAAUGUUGCGCUCUUUAUUUCUUCACCUUGUUUGCUUGACUCACCAACCUUAUUUCAAGCUAUCGGAUCCUCAUGAAUUUUGCAUAUACAAAAAGAGUCAAUCUGACCUCAGAGUCAUCCUAGCCAGUGGUUGGCGCUACACUGCGUCAAUUUCAGACAUCAGCGAAUAAUCAGAUGAAGGUUUGUUGAGUUAAGUAAAAUGUCGAAAAGUACUAGUUGUAUUGGUACUUGGUGCUACUCGCUGAGGACUCAAGAAGGACUACUUGGCCUGACGUCAGUCUGAGCAAAAAGCGUCAUUGCAUAUGUCUACCCAGCUUUUUCCCGUUUGUCUGUUGCAAUUUAGCCAGUGUAGCCACUGCUGGCCCAUCUCUCGCUCUACAUUCCUUUCAAGCAAAGUAAGCACACCUUCCUACCCUGUGCCAAAUUUAUACAGACUUUUCUGCCUUGGGACUUGGCUAGCCACCAAGGUACCAACCGACGUAGCGAGCUUACUGCCAUCUUCUUUUCUAGCGACCUUCAUGCUGAACAAGCUCC